UUCUGUAAAAACAAUAUGGCAGAUAGUAUUGUCAUAUUAGAUUUCCCAGAAAUCCUAGAUUAAUUAAUGUAAUUUUUGUGUUCAUAUUGUUCAAGAAUGGUUUGUUGUUUUUUUUAUUAAUAGUGGUUCUAUUUGCAAAAUAUAAAAUUUUCUAAUUUAUCUUAAGUGUAACGAAACCCGUUUUUUGGACUAAAUUUUGAAGUAUAACGGAGGACGGCGAAUGAUUACGGUGCCGUAGUGUCCCUGUUAUCCGUGGAACAUGUCGUAUCCACCUAGACCCCCUCUGGUGCCAUAUGGAAUUGCGCCAGGUGUAGUCACCAUGCCAAUGGCUACCCAUGUGAUGGUGGGCGCGUACGGCGGCGGUGGACGCGGUGCGCUGCUGCCGGCGCCGGCGGCCGCCAAGGUCAUUUCGCGUCCGCCCACCAGGAACAACGGUGCCAAGGAUGCUGACGGCCCACCCGUCACCAUUUUUAUAGGCAACAUCACGUCGCGCGCGCCCGACCCGAUGGUGCGCGCGCUGCUGGGCGCGUGCGGGCCCGUGCUGUCGUGGAAGCGCGUGUCCACCUUCGGCUUCUGCGAGUUCGCCAGCCCCGAGGCGGCGCUGCGCUGCGUGCGCCUGCUGCACGAGCGUCCGCUCGCCGACAAGAAGCUGGUCGCGCGCACCGACGGCAAGAUGCAGGCGCUCGUCGACACCUACAAGACCGAGCAGCGCUCGCGGCUGGGGCUGGCGGAGGAGGCGCCGGGCACGGAGGCGGCCGGCGACGGCUACCUGGACGCGCGCCAGCGCUCGCUCGACGAGGCGGCCGAGCGCCGGCUGCGGCAGAUCAUGCAAGACUACCAGGACGACAUCAACAACUACGAGAUGCUGCAGAAAGAGGAGGCGAUCUCGAAAACGGCCCGCGUGCUCGAGGAAGCGGACAUAUCGGAGGAGAAGCGGGACGUGAUCCAUCGUGAGAUCGGCAAGUUUCGGGAGAGCAUGAAGGAGGAGGCGGAAGUGGUAGUACGGCGCAAGCGCGAGCCCAAGGACGCCGACAAGGACAAGGACAAGGACGGCACCAGGGAGCGCGAGCGCGAGCGGGACCGCGAGCGCGACAGGGACCGGGACCGCGCCGACCGGGACCGCGAUCGCACCGACCGCGAUCGGGACCGGGACCGCGACCGCGACAAGGAGCGGCGCAGGCGGAGCACUUCCAGGACAAAGGACCGGCGCGAUGAACGGGACAAGGAGCGCGAACGGGAACGCGAAGAGAGGGAGCGGGACAGGGAGCGCGAGCGGGAGAAGGAGCGGGAGAGGGAGGCGCGCGAGCGAGAGAGGGAGCGCGAAAUGCGCGAGAGGGAGAGAGAACGGGAACGCGAGAGGGACAGGGAGAGAGAACGCGAACGGGAACGCGACCGGGAGCGAUCGCGCGAGCGCGAACGCGAGCGCGAGCGCGAACGUGACCGCGAACGCGAGCGGUCGCGCGGCCGCAGCCGCAGCGAGGCGGACUCGCGCCGCGAGAAGGAGAUGGAGGAGGAGGCCAGGGAGAAGAAACGCCUCGAGAAGAAGGCGCGGGAGAAGGAGGCCGCCUACCAGGAGAGGUUGCGCACGUGGGAGGGCCGCGAGCGGCGCAAGGCCAAGGAGUACGAGAAGGAGCGCGAGCGCGAGCGCUGCCGCGAGGAGGAGCGCGAGCGCGAGGCCAAGCGCCUCAAGGAGUUCCUCGAGGACUACGACGACGAGCGCGACGACCACAAGUUCUACAAGGGCAAGGAGCUGCAGCGGCGGCUGGGCGCGCGCGUGCGCGAGGCGGAGGCGGACGGGCGCGAGCGCGCGCGCGAGGCGGCCGAGCUGGCGGCGCUGCGGCGCGCCGUGUGGGCGGGCCGCGCCGAGGCGGACGCGGGCGCGCGCGCCGCCUGGGAGCGCGCGCGCCGCCGCCACGACGCGCAGUACGCGCCGCGCCCGCUGCUCGACGCCAGCCUGGCGCCGCCCGCGCAGCGCGCCCGCCAGCGCGCGCGCGCCGCCGCCCGCGAGCGCGAGCGCGCCGCCGCCCGCGAGCGCGCCGCGCGCGACCUGCAGCGCCGCCUGCGCGCGCGCGCCUCGCGCGACCUGCCGCCCGGCGCCGAGCCCAUCGACUCGGACGACAGCGGCGGCGGCGCGAGUCCGCAGGGCGCGGGCGCGGGCGCGGGCGCGGAGGCGGGGCUGUCGCCGGGCGGGUCGACGACCCCGCCGGGCCCGCCCGACACGCCGCCGCCGCGCCGCGCCGGCCGCGCGCCGCCGCCCGCGCGCAGCCCCGACGGCGGCGCCACGCCGCCCGCGCCGCCCGAGCCGCCCGAGCCCGCCUCGCCCGCCUCGCCCGCCUCGCCCGCCUCGCCCGCCUCGCCCGCCUCGCCAGCCUCGCCAGCCUCGCCGCCGCACAACCACGCGCACGCGCACGCACACGCACACGCACACAACCACGCGCACGGACACACGCACCGCUCACACAGUACAAGCGGCGGCGGCGGAGGAGGAGGAGGAGGAGGAGGAGGAGGCGCGACGUCGGGCGACAACUCGCCCAUCACUAUCAGCUUCAAGAACAAACGCAGCCCCUCGCUCUCCACCGACACCCCAAGCGAGGGCGCGGGGCGCGUGCGGCGCGUGCACGCGGCGUUCGCGGCCGACGACGAUGACACGCCGCCACACCACCCGCCGCCCGCCGCCACCGCCGCCGCCGCCAGCACCGGCAAAGACAAAAAAGACAAGGACAAAAGUAAAAAGGGCGAGAGCGGCGAGAAGGAGAGCCGCAGCGCAGAGGAGAAGCGGAAACACAUAAAGAGUCUCAUCGACAAGAUCCCCACGCAGAAGGAGCAGCUGUUCCAGUACAAGCUGGACACCUCGCAGAUCGACAACACGCUGAUGGAGAAGAAGAUCCGGCCGUGGAUCAACAAGAAGAUAAUCGAGUACAUCGGCGAGCCGGAGCCGACACUGGUGGACUUCAUCUGCAGCAAGGUGGUGGCCGGCUCGGCGCCGCACCGCAUCCUCGACGACGUGCAGAUGGUGCUCGACGAGGAGGCCGAGGUGUUCGUCGUCAAGAUGUGGCGCCUGCUCAUCUACGAGCUCGAGGCCAAGCGCGCCGGCCUCGCCAAGUGACCGUCGCCACCGCCGCCGCCGCCGCCACCGCCGCCGCCGCCAGCACCGCCGUCGCCGCCGCCCUCGCACCAUCACCACCACCACCACCAUCAUCACCACCACCACCAUCACUGCCGCCACCACCGCCGCGACCAGGGCGUGUAACG